GUCUACUUACCCAACUCCUCCAGAAGAAACUGUAACAAAAGACAUGUCUCUACUGGCACUGGCUCCAUGUCCUACCUCGCUUAAGACUCAGCACACGAAAUCUCUCCCACGGUCCCACCACCGAAAAAAAUGGUAUUGCACCCCAUUCGAACACGAUCCUUCAACUAUCAUCGUUUUGGCUGCAAAAAGGAGGGGAAAAAGUACAAAAAAACAUCGAGGCAUUUUGCAACCGCCGUGAAUCGAACACGAACCUCCACCUUGGAAGGGUGGAAUCCUAACCAUUGGACCACGGAAGCUUAUCAUUGGAUGACAAAAAAGUGCUUGUUUGAAGUAAUAGAGUACAAGAGCAGAAGCUUAAAAAGUGGCUAUUUUGUCUUCUGCCUAUUGGCUGAAUGGAU